AUGACUGCCAUGAAGGAAAACCUCAACGCGGUUUUCGAUCCCGCCGGGAACGGCCUGUCCCCGGACAUCCUCGGCGCGCUGGAGUCGAUCCUGCGCAUCCACUCCCUUACCCCGGACGAGCUGUUUAUAAAAUGGGAGGUGUAUUGUCUGAAGAUGGGAAGCGAGGAGACUAAGCUGGACAUCGAGACGGCGCGCAUGUUUGCCAAGGACGUGCAAGACUCCGUGGAGAGGGGCGAGCGGACUCAGCACACUGCCCCCAAGUCCGCGAUCAAGUCUGAGCGGAAGAGUCUCGUUCAUGCGACGCCCCGGGCUGUGGGGACUUCAGACGUGUUCGGGAUGCUAGACGAGCUCACUCCCAAUGCUAUCUCGCGACGAAACGGCAGUGUCAAGCGGAAGGCGGACUUCGACUCGCCGGUGCCCAGGAAAGUCAGCCGUCCGGAGACGACAAACAGGACACCGGGGAAGGCUGCGAAACUCGAUGCAGCCGCAGGCAUCCCCUUUUCAGAACGGCCGAAUGCGGGACAAAUCAUUGAGACGCUGAAUGAGCACCUCUCCGCCGCCGAAGCACCGAUGGCGCCUUUCUCUCAAGCGCGACUACGCCUGGUCUCGGGAACGGAAUACAAAAAGUUUCAGUAUAAGCCGAUGGCCAUGCGCCUUCGCGAGUCGUCGGAGGUGCUGGACGAACGCAUCGACGAUUUCCUGGCCCUGGUCCAGAAAGCCCACAACUUGGAAGACUCGGCGUUUGGGAAUGCGGCGGCUCAGCGCACCAGCGAGAUUGUGGCGGUGGGCAGGAUCGCAUGCGACACGGCCGAUGGCAAGCUGAACUCUGCGUCGCUCGUCCUGGAGAUGUCCCGACGCAUGGGCGCGGGCCUGCGCGUGCCUCUGAAGGUGGACGGGCUGCCGUCUUAUCAGUUCUUCCCGGGCCAGAUCGUCGCGCUCCGAGGCACGAACGCAUCCGGGCUGUACUUUACGGUCAAGGAAGUGCUCUCGCUGCCGAAGCUGCCAAUGCCCUCCUCCUUGCCCAGCAACAUCGAGGCGAUCAACGAGCGCCUGGACGUGUCGGCGGACAAUUCCAGUCCUCCUCUCCCACUCAACAUCAUGAUCAGCUCCGGCCCCUUCACCGCCGAGGACAACCUCGACUUUGAACCGCUCCAGGCCCUGUGCGAGAAAGCCGAGGAAUCAAUGGCCGACGCUCUCAUCCUGGCGGGGCCCUUUCUCGACAUCGAGCACCCAAUGCUCGCAUCGGGCGAUUUCGACUUGCCUGACGUGCGAGGGCUGGAUCACGAAGCCAGCUUGGCCGCCCUCUUCCGACUCUGGAUCUCUACGCCCCUACAGCGUCUGUGCUCGGCUGUCCCGGGCAUCACCGUGGUGAUGAUCCCCAGCACGCGGGAUUUGAUGAGCAAACACGUCAGCUGGCCACAGGAACGGCUCACGAAGAAAGACCUCGCGCUACCCAAGCAGGUCACCAUGCUUCCAAACCCGUCUUUCAUUUCACUAAACGAGGUGGUGUUUGGGGUGUCGUCACAAGACAUUCUAUACGAACUCAGUCGCGAGCAACUGUCCCAUGGUCCGGGCCAAGAUCUCCUGACCCGGUUGCCUGGGUAUUUGAUCGACCAGCGGCACUUCUUUCCGCUGUUCCCGCCCAUGUCGAGGGACAAACUGUCCAGUAACGGCAUCGUGAAAGCGACCGGCGCGUGUCUGGACGUGGGAUAUCUCAAACUCGGUGAAUGGAUGCAGGUCAAGCCGGACGUGCUCAUUCUUCCGAGCAUGUUGACCCCUUCCGUCAAGUGGGGUGUUGUUGUGCAGGUCGUGGACAGCGUCAUGGUCAUCAACCCAGGACAACUGUCCAAGCGGAAGGCGGCAGGGACGUACUCCCAGAUAUCGCUACAUCCGCGCAUCUUGUCCGAGGAGGAAAAAAUAUAG